CGGCCCGGCCUCGGCAUGUCGGGCAGCCGCCAGCCGCCGCACCCCGCCGCGCCGCCCGCCGCCGCCUCCUCCUCCUCCUCCUCCUCCUCCUCCUCCUCUUCCUCCGCGGCCAUGGCGCCCGGCUCGUCCUCCUCGGGCGGCUCGGCGCCGCGGCCUGUGCUGGUGGCGGCUGCCGUGUCGGGCUCGGGCGCGGCGGUGGCGGCGGGCGCGGGGCUGGCCCGGCUGGCGGCGGCGGCGCGGCCCGGAGGAGGAGGAGGAGGAGGAGGAGGCUCCUCGGCGAGCGGCGGCAGCAGGAAGAGGCCGCUGCUCACCCCGCUCUGCAACGGGCUCAUCAACUCCUACGAGGACAAGAGCAACGAUUUCGUGUGCCCCAUCUGUUUUGAUAUGAUUGAAGAAGCCUACAUGACGAAAUGUGGACACAGCUUCUGCUAUAAGUGUAUUCACCAGAGCUUGGAAGACAAUAACAGAUGUCCCAAAUGUAACUAUGUUGUGGACAACAUAGAUCAUCUUUAUCCCAACUUCUUAGUCAAUGAACUGAUUCUUAAACAAAAACAGAGAUCUGAGGAGAAAAGAUUCAAACUGGACCAUUCAGUGAGUAGCACCAAUGGCCAUAGGUGGCAGAUAAUUCAAGAUUUGUUGGGAACUGAUCAAGACAAUCUUGACUUGGCUAAUGUCAACCUGAUGCUGGAGCUGCUGGUGCAAAAAAAGAAGCAGUUGGAAGCAGAGUCCCAUGCUGCCCAAUUGCAGAUCCUCAUGGAGUUUCUCAAAGUUGCCAGAAGAAAUAAACGAGAGCAAUUGGAGCAGAUCCAGAAGGAGCUAAGUGUUCUGGAAGAAGAUAUUAAACGAGUAGAGGAAAUGAGUGGUUUGUAUUCCCCAGUCAGUGAGGACAGUACAGUGCCGCAGUUCGAAGCUCCUUCACCUUCGCACAGUAGUAUUAUUGACUCCACGGAGUACAGCCAGCCUCCAGGCUUCAGUGGCAGUUCUCAGACCAAAAAGCAGCCCUGGUAUAACAGCACGCUAGCCUCACGACGGAAGCGGCUCACGGCUCACUUUGAGGACCUAGAGCAGUGCUAUUUUUCCACAAGGAUGACACGUGUCUCAGAUGACAGCAGAACCACAAGCCAGCUGGAUGAGUUUCAGGAGUGUCUAUCCAAGUUCACACGCUACAAUUCUGUCCGCCCCCUGGCAACACUGUCCUACGCUAGUGACCUCUACAAUGGCUCCAGCAUAGUCUCCAGUAUUGAGUUUGACCGGGACUGUGACUACUUUGCCAUCGCUGGGGUAACAAAGAAGAUUAAAGUCUAUGAGUAUGGUACAGUCAUUCAGGAUGCAGUGGAUAUUCACUACCCUGAGAAUGAAAUGACCUGUAAUUCCAAAAUCAGCUGUAUCAGCUGGAGUAGUUACCACAAGAACCUGCUAGCCAGCAGCGACUAUGAAGGCACCGUCAUCCUGUGGGAUGGGUUCACAGGACAAAGAUCCAAGGUCUACCAGGAACAUGAGAAAAGGUGCUGGAGUGUUGACUUUAACUUGAUGGACCCAAAACUAUUGGCUUCAGGCUCUGAUGAUGCAAAAGUGAAGCUGUGGUCUACCAACUUGGACAAUUCAGUAGCAAGCAUCGAGGCCAAGGCGAAUGUGUGCUGUGUCAAAUUCAGCCCCUCUUCUAGGUAUCACCUAGCUUUUGGCUGUGCAGAUCACUGUGUCCACUACUACGACCUCCGCAACACUAAGCAGCCCAUCAUGGUGUUCAAAGGGCAUCGCAAGGCAGUCUCCUAUGCAAAAUUUGUGAGUGGGGAAGAAAUUGUCUCCGCGUCAACAGACAGUCAGCUGAAGCUCUGGAAUGUAGGGAAACCUCACUGUUUGCGCUCCUUCAAGGGUCACAUCAACGAGAAGAAUUUUGUAGGGCUGGCGUCCAACGGAGACUACAUUGCCUGUGGAAGCGAAAAUAAUUCCCUUUACCUAUACUAUAAGGGCCUCUCAAAGACACUGCUGACGUUCAAGUUUGAUACGGUUAAGAGCGUCCUGGACAAGGACAGGAAGGAAGAUGACACAAAUGAGUUUGUGAGUGCUGUCUGCUGGAGGGCGCUUCCAGAUGGGGUGCUGGUGGUUUCACUCGUGAUACACAAGCCAUGCCAUGUUCUAAGCUGCGUCAUGGAUCUUUGUCCUUGUGCCUUCCCCCUGAAAUCUCCUCUAGCUUUUUUUCCUGACACAUCUCCUUCCAGUCGAUGAAAACUGUUCUGUGAAAACACUUGUGUUCAGGGUUGCAGCUUGUGUAUUUUCUCCUGCUUUAAAAAAAGUGGGUGUGGAUAUAUAUUUUUGUGUAUAUUUAUUUUUACAUUUCCUGUAGUGGUUUAUAGAGCUACAAGCUGGGCUGUCUUGCAGGCAGGUAUCCUUUCCUCUUCUGUUCUUACCACCAUGCAGCUGCAGCCUGAUGGGGGUCAGAUAUUUUGAUUCUCCUGCUGUGCCUCACUUCCCCUGCCCUUGCUGUAGCUCUGCUGGCCACGCAGACACCUAAACCCCCACCUUCCCUGUUUGCAGCCGUGAGUGGUGUAGGUAUAGCAUCUUAGGUGUGCUGUCAUUUUUCCCCCCACAAACAGCAUCCUCAGCAUUGGUACUUUAGACCCUUGAUUUUGUUCCAGUUGCUGUUAGAAAUACCAGCCCUGGCUUAAAGAGAAAUGAAGGCUUUGAUUUCCACGGCUGCCAAACUUCUGGCCCAUCCAGAAACACAAUUAGAAGCCUUGCAGAUACAGUGAAACCAUCGUGUUUCUUUUCCAGCUGGCAUGAGCAAAACAUCCAGAAUAGUUAAUGUGUGUUCUGCAGGUAUCAGAGCGCUCGAGUCCCUGUGCAGUGUCAUUCCAAGACCCAUUAACAAACUGGUCAGGAUUUUAACGUAUGUCCCGAGCCUUCAAAGUUGGCUUGCUUGCAGAGGGAGACAUUAACCUGUGCAGUCUGAACCACUGUUGCCUCAGCCCUUUCGCCUAGCAGCAGUCAGAGGUUACGGAUCGUGGUCUCCAGUCAGCAGCCUGCUGCAGGCACCGCGCAGCAUCCGCCGCGGCUCCCUCGUUGCUGUGCUAUCAGGGUUCUGUUUUGGCUUGACGGCAGGAUUUGACGUCAGAACGGAUGGGUACGUUCAGGGGACAUUAUUACAGUUAAAGCUUACAAAUGAACUGUCUGGGUUCAGCUUGUCUGAACAUGAGCUUUUUUGCAUGUGUGGCAGGUGGAGGUGACUUUCAUUAGUGCAGCGCGGAGGAGCUGCAAUCGGUAUAAGAUCCAAUUUGCUAGGUAUUGUCCAAGCAGACAGCAAGUGACAGUUUAUUGCCCCUGAAGGCUUGACAGCCAAGCCAUAUAAAAUGAACGGUAGCGGAGUAUGAAUCUGUUAUCAGUUUUAAAUUCAUUUCCUAAGUCCAUCAGCCAUUUUGUGAGGUUUUUUGCCAAAUGUUCCCCUCUUGCUGACCAAGCCAGCCUGACUCAGCUUGGCUCUCUGCCAUUCCUGACAUCUUUUAGGAUUAACCUGUUCUCCUGUGUUGAUUUUUACCAUCUGUGCCAAUAAUGCAUUAAUUGUUCUUCCACUUUUGUUUUGAGGGGAUGGUGCCAUGUGAUGGGUUUAGUCCCAUGUGGCUAAGCAAGGCUUUGUGCAUCACUGUGCUCGGAGAAGGAAGGCUCUGCAUCCUGCCAUCAUAAGGCUUCGCAUCAGUACUCAGGUCCCUUGAUUUCAGAGAUCCAGUUGCCAAAGAGGUUGAGGAGUUGAGCUCCUCUGCAUUUCAGUGAAAACUUGUGAAAAUGCAGCCGUUUUUGCUUACAGGCAUGCAGUUGGAUUAAAGGGACUGACAGUAGGCAUCAUCUGGGUCUGAAAUGUUUCACCAUGUGAUAAUUGGAAAAUCUAAAGCAUUACAACAGCAAGUAACUACAUACAGAGCAGAAUUAAUGAGCUUCAGCAAGCACAAGGCUGGACUUGCCUGGGAUGGGCUGCUGUGCUGAAUUCCAGGUGGCUGUCAGGCGCUAUCAAAAAAAAAAGCCAUCACUGAUAGCACUGUGGGCAAAUCAAUUUGGCUGUCAGCUAUAGCAUCAGUCCCAGGAACCAGCGCUUUUUCUGUACCAAACGGGGGAUUCAAACAAAAGUGCUGGAUCUAGAACUGUUUAGGCUGAGGACGCAGAGGAGCGGUCCUCAAACAGCUGGCGUGGGUGUGAGAAGGGAAGGGGCAGUGGCAGGAUGGGCUCCGCGGGGCCUGAUGCACAGGUGAAGACACAGCUUUGUAGAGGAGUGAGGGUAGUGUGGCUCCUGGUAUUUUCCAAUAUUGAAGGGCCAUUGCAUGUUGUCCAAACCCCUCGGCUAGGUAGCAUGUUGGACCCAGUGCCUUCAGCCUCACCUGGCAGGCUGAUGUGGGCUGGGGGGGUGUUUUAGUGUGCCUGAUGGGGUUUGUGCCCCUAGUCUGUCUGGGAGAGGAAUGCAGCCGGAACAGGUUUCUCAUCAGUAAAUAGCACAGCUCAGAAAAGGAAUGCUUAUUAGAGUGAAAUCUCAGGGGUAUUACUUGCUGCUUCUUGUCUUCAGUGUCUCGUUGUGAACAUCUGGAUUAACCUUGAGCAAAUCCACUGGGGGUGUUGCCUCGGUUUCCCCACAUGUCAAAGUAGGAUAAUACUUUAGCUGCCUCACCAGGGCAUUUGUUACACUUAAUUAAUGUUGUAAUGUGUCUUUGGUUCCUCUGGUAAAGUAUGCUAUGUGAAUGCUAAGUUGUUUUUACUGAUUGGAUUGUUAAUUAAAUGUGCACAUAUAAAUGAUUUAUUGGCAUUAGAGAACUAAGACUUAAUAAUUUAAAAUAUUAACAUCAAGGUGGUUAGGUCAAUUUUAAGCCCACAGUACUCCUCCUGUUUAGAGGAUUAAACUGGUACUGGAAAUUUAGAGGAUGUAAAUGGCAUUGGGAGAGAAAGGUAAGCAGGAGCUUGACCACCUUAAUGAGUUAUUUUGUGGUGUCUCUACAUGGAGACUAUUUUAAUUCAGGACCCCACCUCCAGUGCCUGGCCUGGGGAAACCAUUGGCAGUAUCAGCGGUGCGCUGAGCUUUGGAGGGCACAGAAUGGUUCAAUGACACCUCCCUUUUGGACCAACUUAGAAACCAUUUGUCAGCAUUUGGAAGAGCAUGCUCCAGUUUGACAUAGCAGAUGACAUGCAAAAUUAGCUUUGUGUUCCAGGAAAAAAGCACCAAAGAAAGGAUGUCUGGGGGAACGCGCGUGCCAGGCUGCUGACAUGGAUCACCUGCUGAUGGCUCCUGGCCCAGCAAUGGUUAUCUUCCCCGCAAAGUCACGUGGCGCUUCAGCCUCUAACCUCGAGGCUUCUGCCUCCUUAUGUUCUUCUGUACUCUAACCAGGCAGAUGUUUGAGGUGAAUGUGGGAAUAAGCUGUAGCUGACAGCCAAGGCAGGCACCAGAGGAAAAGAGGUAUGUCGUCCUCGUGCGCUAAGGAGGUCAGGGAUUUGGAAGUACAGAGCGGAGGAGAGAAGGCAUGCGGGAGUAGAUGCGGUUGGUCAAGUAGCUGGAUGCUGGGGCUGGAGCGGAGGGUCAGCCCUCGUCCAUUCCCUUUCUGAACCCAAGCAAAAUGCGCACGCUGGUGUUAGUGUCUUGGAGGCAAAAGGGUUGGAAAGAAGGGGAAGCGGGAUUUACAAAGCUGGAUUCACAAGGGCAGGGAGAGUGGAGAUGCAAAGAUGUGCCAUGGUGCUGUAGAUUGGGCACCUGAAACUGGAGAACAGAGCACUGAAAGUAGGGUUGUGGUGAGAGAGCCCAUGUGAGGGACUGGUCCCAAAAAUACGAAGUCCCCAAAGGAUAUGGGCAGAUGAUCUGGGAAAGAUGGAAGUGUUUUUGCACAAACCAGGGAAUUGUCACUUCCUGUGUGAAGGUUUGAAAGAGGGAACUGAGCAGCUGAGAAGUGUUGGAUGUAGUGUAGCUGGGAGAGAAAGCACUGACUUGUUGAAAAUGAGAAGGUAAGAGAGACGGGGAAACGCAUCUUGAGAGUGAAAGAGAGAUGCAUAGGAGAGCUAUCUAAACAUGAAGGGUUUAAACAAAUUGGAAUCUGCCCUUCGCAGUGGGGCAAGGAGAGUGCUCCAAGUUCCAGAGGAGCAAGGAGCUGGGAAGCAUAGCAAAGGAUGUCUCUGGCAUCUCUCAGGGGUUUCCCAGCAGCAUCUCUCUGUUCCUUCCCCCUCAGCAGCCCAGGGCAGCAGUUGGGAACAGUGGUCCUUGCUGUGCUUGGAGACUGGGCUGUGCAGCACUCACAGUAGGCUGUGUUUGUAGAGUAAACCGCUUGUGUAAUUCAGGGUAGCUAGAUCUGAAGAGGCUUUUCACGUUCUAGUGACUUCUGUUUACAGCCCUUGAUCCCUGAUGGUUUGCAGUUUGUCUGCACAAAAUGAAAAUCUAAACCACCAGAUUUAGGUCACACUUCUGAGUACUUGUGUGCAGAGUUGGUGGUGAUUUCUCGGAUCACACAUUUUCUCUGAUUAAAAAAUGAGCGUUUAGGAGGGAGGCAUACACAGCAGUGAUAACAGUAGUAAUACCAGCACCCCAGGGCUUCCUUUUGCCACGUGCAGCACUGAUGGGCAGAGCGGCAUGACCUUGGUUGGGAAGAGAUUAAAUUCAUCACCUCCAGCAUGAGGUAAUGACUGAGUGCAACAACAGAAGAGGAAGGAGGGAGGGAGGGAAGGAGGAAAAUGUAUGGGCGUAAGAAUGCACUUCUUGGACGAUGCAGUUGUCGAGUGCCGCGCUGCAUCGCAUUAUGUAGAAUUGCCAAAUGAAUGUUUGGGGGCUUUAGUGCUAAUAGAAUAGAUGCUAAAAGCUGUUUUCACAAAACUAAUGCCUAACUAUUUCCUGUGGUUUUGCAGAAUUGAUGCUAAUGUGUUGCAUGUUUAUGUAUAUGUUUUUUGUGGGCUUAUUGCAAGCUAUAUUUAUAUACUGCUGGCACUUCGUUCGAGGCCUUGAGCUGAUUGUUUGUGGGGAGUGGCUGAAAUCUCACAAUAUCUGGUGAUAGAAACGAGCAGCUUUAGAGAUCUUGUCACAGAUAGAUGCGCAGCGGUGCUCAGUAUUUGCACAUGUAGAAGAGGAGAAAACUUGCCCGUUGGGGAGGAAGAGGGGUUGGGUGUGUAUGUUACUAGCAACAUGAUUUGGUUUUAACAUAUGUCUCUACCUGCUCUGACAAUCGAUGUGCAACAGCUGUUUAAGCUGUGUAGUUCAGCAAGCAGUAGAUGCAGAGUAAUAAGCCUCUGACAAGUUAUUCUCAUCUUGAAUUCUAAAUAAAUUAGGUGCUUAUCAAAAGCAGUUUGGUUCCAAAACGCCUAAAUUACAGAGGUGGCUGCCUGUAAUGUGCCAGCAGUUCCUAGGGUGGGCUUUGCUGGCUGGCUCUCGCCUUUGCACAGAUUUCUUUGCCUUCUUCCAAGCAGUUUCAUUAGCCCUGUUUCCAUCUUGAAUUCAAAAGGGAGCGAAUCGGUGCCCAGCUGCGUGCAGCUCCAUCCACAUGUGUCUGUUUUCUUCUAGCCUGGUCUUUAGUUGCCUCGUUGAGCUUUUUUCUUGAGAGCUGCACACUGAAAAAAAGGGUCAUGCUAUGAAAAAGUGAUUUCUCACUUGGCUGAGAGAUAGCUUACUACUUAUUUGAGUGUGUCAUUGGAGCAAGCCUUGGACUGCUUUCCUCUGAGCACCCGUGUGCUGUGAAUACAGAAACCUGGGUGUAUAUAUAGUAGCAAAUAAGCUUCCAGUUGCGUGGUAUCUUCUUGUGCUGAGUUUGGUCUGAAUAGAAGUAGAAAAAUACAUUAAGUGUAAAAUCCAAAAAUGAGCAGGUUGCUUCUUCGGGGAGGCUUUCUUAGGGCAGGAAAGAAGGAUAUGUUCAUGUAUUGAGAGUUGCAGUUGGAAAAUACCAGAUGUGGAAGUGUCAGAAAACUUAAUAAAAGUGUCCAUGGUAAAGAGGUUAAAGUAUGGAAUUGCAGAAAAAUGAGGGCAGGGAUUCAAUGAGAUGCUGAAUUUCUACCUAUUCUCACUUCGUAGCGAGGCUAGAUUUGUCUCGUGAAGAAGCUUCAAGCUCUGCAUGAGGCAGGAUGAUGCAAACUAAUUUGGUUGAAUGCUUUUUCCCCUUUAUAGAAUACCUAUGAAUUCCUACAUGAGAAGAAGCUUCAUGCGUGUGUGUGUGGUUGUGGGCAACUCUUUCCAAAGAAAGCAAGCCCAAGGAGUGUUGUCAUCUGUAAAUCUGUAGGUUAAUGUGUUAAAGUAUCUUUAUUUUGCUAUGCAGGUGUGAUUGUGUAGCAUUUAUAAACUCAGGGGGGAAAAAACUCAGUGUCUACAGCUGGAGCUAGAAAGAAGCACAGAUGAGACCUUUUUUAGAUUUACUUAGUCAUCACAUUUUUUUCCCCAGAUAAGCCUAAGGAGGUUUUAUCUCUGUGUACAAAGGAAUUACCUUCAGAAAGAUAAAAAUACAGUUUCCAAGGAUUAAAAAAACCACCAUUUAGGCAUGUGUGUUCUGUUCCAGAUUUAAAACCUGAAGAGCUGGAUGUUGCUGCUACUGAAAAGUCUUGGUAUGGCUUAGUUUGCGUGUAAGACCUCUUUCUUUAAAGAACUUCUCAGUUUAAAGAAGCAAUUAAUUCUUCUUGGGCCUGAUGCUCCUAGUGGAGAUAGUAUUCUGUUAAAUUUAUUCAGAAGGGAUUAAUGUUAGGCAGUUGUGAUGGCACAUACAGUAAAUUCUGGAACGCAGGGAGAUAAUGGGUUGUGCGUUGCUCUUCAACAAUUGUACCAUGCACUCGUUCAUCGAUUAACGAUUGUAUCACAACAAUGAAAAAAAGAUAGUUCUGUGUGCAACGUAUUACCCCGAUGGGAGGAAUUGUCAUUUACUAGUUUGACUCUUCAAAAAAAACCACAGCAAA